AUGGAUGAUGAUGGAACAUACUUAAGAAAGCCUUGGAGGAUGACAAGAUCACCUUUACAAAACAAAAACACGAAAACUUUAAUACCUUCUCCAAGAAACAAUUACAAAGGGAAAAGAAAUAUUACAUUAGGUCGAGGAUCAAAAAUACCAUCUCCUAAGAGAAACGAUAACAUUAUAAAUCAUGUUCAGGAGAAUAUUAAACAAUUAUCGUUAGGCGACUUUGAAAUAGGUAAAAAAUUAGGUAAAGGGAAAUUUGGUAAAGUGUAUUGUGUUCGUCAUAAAAAGACCGGAUUUAUUUGUGCACUCAAAGCUAUGGAUAAAACUGAAAUUAUUCAAUAUAACUUACAAAAACAAUUUCGUAGAGAAGUUGAAAUACAAACUAAUUUAAAUCAUCAAAAUUUAACAAAACUUUAUGGAUAUUUUUAUGAUGAAAAAAGAGUAUAUUUAUUAAUGGAGUAUCUUGUAAAUGGUGAACUUUAUAAAUUAUUACAGAACAAUGGUCCAGUCUCGGAGGUAUUGGCAAGUUAUUAUGUUUACCAAAUUGCAGAUGGGUUAUCAUACAUGCAUCAAAAACAUAUUAUUCAUAGAGACAUUAAGCCUGAGAACAUACUGAUAGGAUUUAAUAAUAUUGUCAAACUUACUGACUUCGGGUGGAGUAUAAUAAGUCCGAAGGGUCUUAAAAGAAAAACACUUUGUGGUACGAUAGAUUAUUUGUCUCCAGAGAUUAUUACAUCUAGAGAAUAUGAUGAAACUGUCGAUGUCUGGGCAUUGGGUAUCUUAAUAUAUGAAUUGAUAAUAGGAGCACCUCCAUUUGAGGAAGAGAGUAAAGAGAUGACUUAUAAACGUAUUGUCAGAGGAAACAUAGUUUUCCCCAAUGACAGACAAGUCUCUGAACAAGCAAAAAAUUUAAUCAAAAGAAUAUUAGUACAGGAUCCCAAGAAGAGAUUAUCGUUAAGGUCAAUUAAAGAGCAUCCAUGGAUACAGAAAAAUAAAUCAUCAUGGGCAGCUCUACCGAACUGA